CGGUUUCGCCCUGUCAAUCUUCAGUUUGACACCGUAGCAAAACGUUAGCCAUGGAGGAGUAACAUAUGUUUUUCAGGUCGUAUUAGCCUCUGACAGAAUGAGAUAAGAUGGAUACUGUAACGACAGAUUCGUCUGCAGCUGAGGAAGAUGACAGUUCAGACUCAGAGGUUUUAUGUUUGAUGAGAGUUGGAAGAAAUUCAGACUGGCUUCGCUUGUUCGAAAACACUGAGAUCACUAUAGGACGUGGUGUGGAUGUAACUCACCAGUUGUUGUCUCCAAGUUGUCCUCUGAUGAUCUCCAGACUGCACUGUACAUUUAAGCAAAGGGAAGGUGGCAAGUGGACAGUGACCGACAAGAACAGUCUCAACGGUGUGUGGGUGAAUGGAAACCGCAUACCUGCUGAAGAAGCCCAUCAGCUGAGGCUCGGAGACUCCAUACAACUCGGUGUUCCUGUAAUUGGAACCGAAGUGGAGUUUGACUACAUGCUCGUCCAGCGGCCCCUCAAAGACAUUAAACUUUACCUGGCAAAGGGACACAGAGAGGGUGCUAAAGCAGCCCAUGUUGCCAAGAAGCCCAAAAGGAAGUUGACCGUGGAAGAAGUUGAGCCGUCUACCUCAAAGCCCAAGCUCUACCGCUGCUCCUCUGCAGACAAGUCAUUUGCAAAGCCUUGCCCUCUGUCACCAGUGAAACGGCAGCAGAGGCUGAGUCACAUCCAACCAGAGGAAACUGGACCCAGCAGACACGUCCAGGAAGUAGACCGGCCCUCAGAUGGCUCCAGCAGUCCGUGUGACCUGGACAACUUGCAAAUGUACAGCCAGAACAUCCUGAUGCUGAGGGAGCAGGUGGAUGACACCCAGAGGCAGGUAGCCUCGCUGGGGGGAGAGCCCCGGCAGGCUGACCCGCUCAGAGAGGAGCAUGUCAGGGAGCUGCGGGGUCAGCUUGAGACGCUCAGAGCCAAGAUGCACCGGAUGGAGACGUUAGAGAAGUCCUUUAGUGAAACUAAGAGGCAGCUAGAGGCACAGAAAACACAGCAACAAGAGGAGCUUUUGAAGAAACAGUUGGAAGAAGCCUUGCAAGAGCAAAAGAAGGUAAUAGACGAACUUGCCCUUUCUCGGGAAGGCUUUGAAGAGAUUCUCUUGGCCAAAAACAAAGAACUUGAAGUGACAAAGGAGGAGAAAGAAAAGGCGAGGGCCCAAAAAGAGGAAGUAGUAACACAAGUAACUGAAGUUCUGGAGAACGAGCUUCAGUGCAUCAUCUGCUCCGAGCUCUUCAUUGAGGCAGUCAUCUUGAACUGCGCUCACAGCUUCUGCAGUCACUGCAUCAAGCAGUGGCGCAAAAAGAAAGACGAGUGUCCCAUCUGCCGACGGGCCAUCCAGUCCCAGACCCGCUGUCUGGCCCUGGACAACUGCAUCGACAGCAUGGUGGAAAACCUGAGCCUGGACAUGAAGUCGAGGCGGCAGACCCUCAUUACUGAAAGGAAAGCGGACUCUGCUCAGGUGAUGGUGAUCCACGAUGACGACAGCAGCAGGAGCAGCAGGAGCAGCGAUAGCGACGGCAGCAUGGUGUCCAUAGAUAGUAGCCUGAGCUCUGUGGUCUCUCUGGACACAGACAGUAGCAUCCACUUGGACUCCAGUCCGCCCUUCAGUUUCUCUGAUGAAAGUGUUGAUGAGUUUGAUGAUUAGCCCUUUUCUUCUGUGGGCUGUAACAUGAAUCUGGCUUUUUUUUUUGGU